CAAAAUGAUUUCGCUCACGGAUUCACAAAAGAUUGGGAUGGGACUGACGGGGUUUGGUGUGUUUUUCCUCUUCUUUGGGAUGAUGCUGUUUUUUGAUAAAGCUCUCCUUGCCAUUGGAAAUAUUCUGUUUGUCUCCGGACUGUCGUUCGUCAUCGGCCUCGAGCGUACCUUCAGGUUUUUCUUCCAGAGGCACAAACUAAAAGCCACCAGCUUCUUCCUGGGAGGAGUGUUGGUGGUUCUGCUUGGCUGGCCGAUUGUUGGGGUUGUUCUGGAGAUCUACGGUUUCUUCCUCUUAUUCAGGGGAUUCUUCCCGGUGGCAGUCGGAUUCAUCAGACGAGUGCCCGUGCUCGGGUCUUUGCUCAGCUUACCGGGGAUCAGUGCGCUGGUGGACAAAAUUGGUGAGAGCAACACGAUGGUAUAACAAAGAGGACAGUUUCAGCGUUUCUUACCGUCUCAUGGUGACUGUAUAUUUUGACCAUUGCCAUUCCAGAGCUGUGAAUCCAAACAUUACUCUGCACAAAAGACACACGCAUCUGUGGAUGUCUGACUGACUGUACAUUUAAUUCUAUUAGAGGGAAACUGUUUCUAUCUGACUGCUACUGGAAAACAUUACCAAGAGAUCUUUCUUUUAAGGCUGAAAGCAGUUUCUCUUUUAUGUCAUUCCACUCUGAUAUUUAUGGACUGAUAAUCUGGGACCACUGGAUUAACUCGGAGGACAGUGACAGCAUCUGUGUGCCUGAACAGACACUGAGGGCCUUUUUUUUCCUCCAUGAAGACUUAGUGGAAUUUUAUACUGUAAAAAAA